AUGCGUCGCAAUUCUGUACACAAUAUGAUUCUUAAUGAGUCGGACUCUGAUGAUGAGUUAGAGAUAGUUACAGUAGUCAAAAUGAAGGAAGAAUCAAGAUCACGUCGUGGUUCUAUACAACGUCAUCUGUUCAUUAGGCGUAAUACUUUAGAAGGCCACCAAAGGCUUUUUCUCAACUAUUUUGCUGUAUCACCAAUAUAUCCUCCCAAUGUAUUUCGAAGAAGGUUUCGAAUGAAUUGUGCUCUUUUUCUUCGUAUUCAUUCUACACUAAAAGCUUAUGAACCAUAUUUUGUUCAAAAAAGAAAUGGUGCUCGAGUGCUUGGUUUGUCCUCCUAUCAAAAGAUGAUUGCUGCACUUAGAAUGCUCGCUUAUGGAGUAGCGACUGAUUUUAUGGAUGAAUAUGUAAGGAUUGAAGAAAGCACUGCAAUGAAAAGUUUAAAAAAAUUUGUUAAAGCAGUGGUUACAAUUUUUUCUGAUGAGCAUUUGAGAUCACCAAACGAAAAUGACAUUGCUAGAUUGGUAACAAUUGGCCAAAGUCGUGGAUUCCCUAGGAUGUUGGGGAGCAUUGAUUGUAUGCAUUGGAAAUGGAAGAAUUGUCCAACUGCGUGGAAAGGUAUGUAUUCUGGUCAUAUUCAUGAACCUACAAUUAUUUUAGCAGCAGUAGCAUCAUAUGAUCUUUGGAUAUGGCAUGCAUUUUUUGGGUUACCGGGGUCUCAUAAUGACAUCAACGUGUUAGAACGAUCUUCUGUAUUUACCAAGCUUGUUGAAGGGCGUACUCCUUCUGUCAAUUACUCAAUCAAUGCUCAAGAGUCGGCAAGGAAAGAUAUAGAACGUGCUUUUGGAGUUCUUCAAGCACGAUUUGCAAUUGUACGUGGACCUGCACGUUCUUGGGAACGUAAAACACUUAAGAACAUUAUGAAGACAUGCAUAAUACUGCAUAACAUGAUUAUUAAGGAUGAGCGAAAUGUUAAUGAAGCAAAAGACUACGACUACGAACAAAUCGAUGAAAAUCCCCAUCUAAAAACUCUCGAAGCAGCUACAAAUGGUAAAAUAGAGACCUGUGAAGCAUACUUCAACGGCAGGCUAACCAUAUUUUUGCAUAUAAAACAAUGCAGAGAGUUAAAGAUCAAACCUGUAAGCCAGCAUACAGGUCAGUUUAAUUUCUCAACAUAA